GAUGACGAACACUGUAGGCUCAAAUGCCAGUUUCCUUGGUAAUAUUUUUUUGAUAUAAAUCGGCGGCAAAGAGAGGACUAGGAGGGUGCCGUAGUUUUGGCCGAUUCACUUCGCGAUGCAUCGCGUAGCUCUCGUCGCCCGCCACGUCCUAACCCCCUCCCUCUUCUUCCGCCGCCAGAUGAGCAUGGAGCCUGGGGCGGCGAUCAAUCGGGUGAGGGAGUCGGGGCUGUUAAAGACUCAGGGACUUAUCGGAGGCAAAUGGAUUGAUGCUUAUGAUGGGAAAACCAUCGAGGUGCAAAACCCUGCUACUGGGGAUAUUGUAACAAGUGUUGCAUACAUGGGCAAGAAGGAAACAACUGAUGCAAUAUCUUCAGCAUACAACACAUUUAACUCUUGGAGUAAACAUACUGCAAGUGAGAGGAGCAAGUGUCUAAGGAAAUGGUAUGAUCUAAUGAUUUCCCACAAGGAAGAACUCGCACUACUUAUGACUUUGGAACAAGGGAAGCCUCUAAAAGAGGCCUUGGGUGAGGUUGCUUAUGGUGCUGGCUUUAUUGAAUUUUUUGCUGAGGAGGCAAAACGUAUAUAUGGUGACAUUAUUCCUGCUACACUAGCUGAUCGCCGACUAUUUGUAUUAAAACAGCCUGUAGGAGUAGUUGGCGCAAUUACCCCAUGGAACUUUCCUUUAGCCAUGAUUACACGGAAGGUUGGCCCUGCACUAGCUUGUGGCUGCACCGUUGUUGUUAAACCAUCAGAGUAUACACCCUUGACUGCAUUAGCUGCCGCUGAGCUCUCUCUUCAAGCUGGAAUACCACCAGGUGUGCUGAAUGUGGUGGUGGGCAAUGCUUCUGAUAUUGGGGAUACUCUACUCCAAAGCACCAAGGUAAGAAAGAUCACGUUCACUGGAUCAACAGCUGUUGGGAAGAAAUUGUUAGCAGGUUCAGCAAAUACUGUUAAAAGGAUAUCUUUGGAACUUGGUGGAAAUGCACCCUGCAUUGUCUUUGAUGAUGCAGAUCUGGAUGUUGCAGUAAAAGGCGCUCUUGCAGCAAAGUUUCGUAACAGUGGGCAAACAUGUGUUUGUGCAAAUAGAAUACUGGUGCAAGAAGGCAUUUAUGAAAAGUUUGCAAAUGCUUUUGCAAAGGCUGUUCAGAAUUUGCAUGUUGGCAAUGGCCUCGUAGAAGGCAUAGCUCAGGGCCCAUUAAUCAAUGAAGCUGCUGUAGAAAAGGUUGAAAAAUUUAUCAAAGAUGCCACUUCAAAGGGAGCAAACGUUAUACUUGGGGGAAGGAGACACAGUCUGGGCAUGACAUUUUAUGAGCCUACUGUACUUGGGAAUGUUAAUGAUGAAAUGCUCGUAUCUAGGGAAGAAGUAUUUGGUCCAGUUGCACCGCUCCUGCGUUUUAAAACGGAAGAAGAUGCUAUUCAUAUAGCUAAUGACACAAAUGCAGGGCUUGCUGCUUACAUAUUCACAACAAGCAUACCUCGUUCUUGGCGUGUAACUGAAGCUCUUGAAUAUGGACUUGUUGGUGUAAAUGAAGGACUGAUAUCUACUGAGGUGGCACCAUUUGGAGGAUUUAAGCAGUCUGGUCUUGGACGAGAAGGUUCAAAAUAUGGGAUAGAUGAGUAUUUGGAACUUAAAUAUGUCUGUUUGGGGAACAUGAAGGAGGCUUAUACAAAAUGAUAGCAGAAAACCACUCAGCUGGAGCUAAUGAUGGCAACUACUAGUUACGAUGGUAAGCGUUAAUCAUAGUUCACUGAGAUAAGGAGUCAAGUUUAUCGCCUUGUAAACCUAGUGAGCUGCCCACUGGUAGGUUACCAGAUAGUGGCACGGCGCUGGGUUCAAACAAGUAGUUUCUUUAAUCGCGAGUAACUUGUAGAUCAACCUGUUUGUUUUCCUUUUUCAUGUAUUUUCAAGAGAAGGUUUUUGUAUAAAUAGUAUGUAGAUGGUAAUCCUUGUAGAACCUAAAAUGCAAGCAUCUACCAUGCUAGUUUAUGUCCAAAUUGAAGAGCACCAGCAAUCCAAAUGAAGUACCAGACUUUGGUUGCUAGACUUUGCAUUU